UGUGUCAUUUAAUUCAUGGGAAAGGAGGAUGUAGUUUAGUUUCAGGGUUUGAAAGGGUUUUAGUAGCGAGUCUGCACACAGCAUGUGGUGUUGCUUUCACUGCUGAAGAGAUGAUGGGACUUUAUUUUCUGCUCAAACUCUUACUCUGCAGUACACCAGCAGGUGGCUAUGUAUACCAGAUGAUAUAUGACUGUGAGUAUGGUGACAACAUCACCGACAUGGUCUUCUUAGUAAAAAACCUAUUUAACCAGAAGAUUACCACCCUGUAUGACUCUCGGGUUGGGAAGUAUGUUGGCUUUGGAGAAUAUGGAAUGAUCAACGCUGCCCAUUAUAACAGCCAGAAGUGGAAAAUGGAUGAAAGAAAAGUUGAAGUGGAGACUCUUUGCAGAUACAACGCAAGAUUAUUCAGAAAGAGCACACUGGCUCGUAAAGUGCCUCCAGUUGUCAAGGUCCAUGAGACCCAGCCAGCUGACUAUGGGAAGCGGUCCAUGCUUGAAUGCAGCGUUAUGGGGUUCUUCCCUCAGGAAGUGAGGCUGAGCUGGCUGAGAGACGGCCUAGAGGUCAACACUGAUGUGUCGUCUACAGAUGUCUUGGCCAACGGGGACUGGAGCUUCCAGCUGCACUCUUACCUGGAGUUCACACCCAGAAGAGGGGAGAGGGUGAGCUGCAGGGUGGAGCACAGCAGCCUCAGAGAGAGCCUGGAGGUGGACUGGGACACCUUUUCGCUCGAUGCUAAAUACCUGAAGAUGGCUAUGGGGAUCAUCUUCUUCUUCAUUGGCUUCACUGCAGCUACUGGUGGAGCAGCUUACUACUGGUGGAAACAGAGGUUUGACUUCAGCCCAUCAGGCAGACAAGCACAGACUCCAUGUGAUCCCUCAGAAUUGUUGAGUACAGAAUAAGAUAAAGCUCUGCUGAAGAUCUGAAUUAGGAUUCGAUAUAAAGUAAUAAAGGUGGUGACCCCUUCAGCCCACAAAAAAGGAAAAUUGUCCCACUCAGCAUGCCUGACCGACAGUGGAAGGAGAAAAACAACAUUGUGGGAAGAUGACAUGCUGUUGUUUUCCCCCCAGCAUGGUGGAGCGCCUCCUUUAUCAUUUGUGUCAACCAAGGACAUAACCAACAUGUUAUCCUUCAAAACAAAGUGCUAUAAAUUGUUUCAACG